AUGGACAAAGCAUAUCCAUUAAGUACUCCAAUGGUUGUUCGAUCACUUGAUGUAAGUAAGGAUUCAUUCCAACCUAUAGAAGAGGGUGAAGAGAUUCUUAGUCCCAAAGUACCAUAUCUUAGUACUGUUAGUGCACUUAUGUACCUCGUUAAUGCAAAAAGGCCAGAUAUAGCAUUUUCUGUUAAUUUGCUAGUGAGAUAUAGUUCUUCCCCUACGCAAAGACACUGGAAUGGAGUUAAGCAUAUAUUGAGGUACCUAAAAGGGACUAUUGAUAUGGGUCUAUUUUAUACUAACAAAGCUAGUCCAGAUCUUGUUGGUCAUGCAGAUGUAAAUUAUUUAUCUGACCCACAUAAAGCACGAUCUCAGAUAGGCUAUGUGUUUACAUACGGAGGUACUGCAAUAUCAUUGCGAUCGACGAAGCAGUCCAUUGUUUUUACUUUUUCUAACCAUGCUGAUAUAAUAGUGAUUUAUGAAGCAAGUAGAUAA